AAUGCCAAUCGAUACAUUUUUCAGCGAAGUACCGAUAAUUUACCCAGUAUCGGUGGUAUCAAUUUCUGUGGUAUCGCGUACCUAGAAGCAUGAUAAUAAAAUGAAAAUUCAUUUUAUUACCCAUGCUAGAAGUGACCAAAUGUAAUGCUGUGAGCCUGUGACAAAGAAUCAAGAACUCUUACAGACAUGGAGGGAUGUUUAAAAUUGUUACCUCGUAACUGUUAUAACACGUAUAGUUCAGUCGCUCUUGCUUUGUUUGUAGCAAUUGGCGUUGUUCUGGUUGGAAUCGCGAGUGAUUACGAGUCGAGAUCAAGUCUAGAAUGUGACCCAAACAAGUCUUUUACAAGCACUCUAUCGAAGCGGAAGUACGUUGAAACACAGUGUCUUCUUAAAUAUGGACACGAAUUCCUCCCUUCGUUAUCUCUCAAUGUUCUGAUUGUGAUAAGUUUUGGACUUGUGGUUAUACUUUCUGUGGUCUACGGUUUCCUGGUGAAACAUAGAGUCGACAUUUUCUCAAAUAACCCAAACACAAUGGCGAGCGUGGGCGUAGAAGAAUGCCAACCACUGUCUAGAGAAUCGCCAGCUGCACCAGUGGCCUAUCGAGGUAGUUAUUUUGUAUUUAUGGCUUACAUGAUCCAUUUAAUCGUAUGUCGUAUAAUACCACUGACAAUAUUCUCAGCAUUUCUCUUAACCUCGUCCAAUUUUCCGACCCAUUUUGAAUGUCGUUUGCCCCAUAUGAAAACAACUGGUACUUUCCAUGAGAACAUUACACAAGCAACUACGAAUUCUUCAUCUGUGGACUGUACCUAUUCAAUGGGUGGGAAGAAAGAGCAAGUUGCUGUUGGCUUCAUUACGAUAAAUUUCCUCGCCGAUGCAGUGACACUCAUGGAGAUUGUUUACCUGUUGUGGUCUGCAUUGAAGAGACCCACUUUCCAUACUGAUCAGGAGUUCAUUAGCGUAUACCUUUUAAGAAAGCGUACAGAAACGAUCCUAGAAAUAAAUCAAGAGUUAAGGCAAAUUAUACGGGAGGAGCAAUCCCAAAAUUUAUUUUACGUGCGGGAUGACUUUGGAGGGGAAUAUUUGUCACGUAGGGAACUGGAUGACAUUUAUAUUAAUGUUGUAAUUCAAGAUGGAAGAGAGCCUGUCGACUAUUUUAGAAGAGCAUUUAUGAAAUGUAGACAUGAGAUUUACGAUAUUCAAUUGGAAAAGCCCCCUGAUGCAAAAGUCCUUCAGAGUACAGUGGAAUUAUUUCAAGCAGCAAAAGCUGGUGAAGAACCUCCUAGAACUGUUCUUGUAGUCGGCAGACCAGGAAUUGGGAAAACUCUACUGACCAAAAAAAUUUUUAAUCAGUCACAUCAAGAUGAAACAUCCCUAUUUUGGUAUGAAAAGAUUCUGGUAUUGAUUCAAUUUCGUAGUCUAAGCAAAGGUGAAACAAGUCUUCAAGAAAUAUUAAGUCAGGCCUAUGGUCUUGAUAUGUCAUCACCUCAUUGCGACAUGACCAUCUAUGAAUAUAUUUGCAAAAACCCAAGCAAUGUCAUUCUUAUUUUUGAUGGCUUAGAUGAACAUGAAUUUGAUGAAGAGUGUUUAACUGAUGAAAAGAUUGUAAACAGCCCAGAAGAAAUGUGUCAUAUCUUCCUUAUUGUUAAACAUUUAGUGAAUGGCAAACUUUUACCUGGAGCCACUGUGUUAAUCACAUCUCGACCCACAGCUGAACAUGUGUAUAAAAAUCUUGAUUUCACACGAAAAGUGGAGAUAUUAGGCUUUAGUGAGAAACAAAUAGAAGAGUAUGUUGGGAAAUUUUGUGGUGAUGAUACACAGAGAAGUUUUGAGAUAUGGAGCAUAAUCAAAGAUUCCCCAGAACUAUUAAGCUUCUGUUACAUACCUGUCAAUUCCUAUAUAGUGUGCUUGACAUUCAAUGAAAGCAUUGGUUUUGGUGGCCAAGUGAAUGGUGAAAGAUAUAGUAAUAUUCCUAAAACAAUGACUGAACUGUACAAACGAGCAAUAAGGAUUUUGCUGUUCAAACACAAUUCAAAAUACCGGAAUAAACAAGUUCCAAGAGAUUACCUGACUGCAAAACUUCCAAAGCCGCUUCAAGAGGACUUAGACAAAUUGAAAAAAAUUGCAAAGGAUGGAAUGGAAAAAGAUCAGUUACUUUUCCAGUUUGAGAGUAGUGAUAAAUCUAUGGCUGGCCUAUCAGAUUCUGGUCUAUUCAAUCAGUUGGAAGACAAAAGACGGAGUAUUUUUGCUUUUCUUCAUCUUACAAUUCAAGAGUUUCUGGCUGCAUUAUAUGUGGUUGAUGAUAUUAGAAACGUUGAAUCUUUUUUAUGGGAGCACAUUAAUAAACCCAGGUGGCAUUUGGUGAUCCAGUUUGUAGCUGGGUUGCUUGGAGAUAGAAUGAGGGAGUUAAGGUCAUCGGAAAAUAAAGAAUGGGAGAUAUUCGAUUUUAUAUGUCAGAGAUUUCAAGACUGGAUGCCAUAUAAACGAUGUAUUGACAAGAGUAAUGACAAAGCUUUACUCGUGAUAAAAAGUGUUUGGGAAAUGCAAGAAGAUCACGUCAUGGAAAUGAUUUCGUCGUUUGCGUCUGAGGAUGAUAAUGAAACAUUUACUUUGUUACAAUUAAAUAUUGCACCAGCAGAAUCUACGGCUUUGUUCAAAUUUUUAAGUCACAUCAAGAACUUAAAAAAUCUUGAAAUCUUUGGUUGUGAUUGGAUGAAGAUUAAUACUGUCCGUGAAUUGGCUGAGUUUCUGAAAAAUAACCAUGGUCUGGGGAGUGCCAACUGUGAACUUAUUGGACUAAAUGUAAAUGAUAAUAUUGGUUUAACAGGUGAAGGUGCUAAAUAUUCAAGUCAUGCCCUGAAGAGCGACAACUGUAGUAAACUUACUAAACUUGAUGUAACUGCCAACGAAUUAAUACCUGAAUUUGCUAAAUAUUUAAGUGAUGCUCUUAAGAGUGACAACUGUCAACUUACUAAAUUAUAUCUAAGUCACAAUGAUUUAAAAUCUGAAUUUGUUGAAUAUUUAGGUGAUGCUCUGAAGAGUGACAACUGUAAACUUACUGAACUAGAUAUAAGUAAGAAUCGUUUAUCAGAUGAAGGUGCUAAAUAUUUAAGUGAUGCCCUAAAGAGUGACAACUGUAAACUUACUGAACUAGAUAUAAGUCAGAAUCAUUUAACAGCUGAAGGUGUUGAAUAUUUAAGUGAUGCUUUGAAGAGUUUCAACUGUAAACUUACUAAACUUAAUGUAAGUGACAACAAAUUACCACCUGGUUUUGCUAAAUAUUUCCUUGAUGCUUGCCGGAAGAGUGACAACUGUAAACUUAUGGAACUAGAUGUAAGUGACAAUGGUUUAACAGUUGAAGGUGCGAAAUAUUUAAGUUAUGCUCUCAAAAGUGACAACUGUAAACUUUCUAAACUAGAUGUAGCCGCUAACUACAAUUUAACAGCUGAAGCUGCUAAAUAUUUAAGUGAUGCUUUGAAGAGUGACAACUGUAAACUUACUAAACUAGAUGUAGGUAACAACAAUUUAACAGCUGAAGGUGCUAAAUAUUUAAGUGAUGCUUUGAAGAGUGACAACUGUAAACUUACUGAACUAGAUGUAAGUGGCAAUGGUUUAACAACUGAAGGUGCUAAAUAUUUAAGUGAUGCCCUGAAAAGUGACAACUGUAAACUUACUAAUUUAAAUGUAAUUGGCAAUGAUUUAAAAGCGGAAGGUGUAAAAUAUUUAAGUGACGCCCUGAAGAGCGACAACUGUAAACUAACUAAACUAGAUGUAGGUCACAAUGGUUUAACAACUGAAGAUGCUGAAUAUUUAAGUGAUGCUCUGAAGAGUGACAACUGUAAACUUACUAAACUAGAUGUAAGUGGCAAUGGUUUAACAACUGAAGGUGCUAAAUAUUUAAGUGAUGCUCUGACGAAUAACAACUGUAAACUUGUUGAACUAGAUUUAAGUGACAUGGUUAAUGGUUUAACAACCGAAGGUGCUAAAUAUUUAAGUGAUGCUCUGAAGAGUGACAACUGUAAACUUACUAAACUAAAUCUAAGAGGCAGUGGUUUAACAACUGAAGGUACUAAAUAUUUAAGUGAUGCUUUAACGAAUAACAACUGUAAACUUAUCGAACUAAAUGUAAGUGGCAAUGGUUUAACAAUUGAAGGUGCUAAAUAUUUAAGUGAUGCUCUGAAGAGUGACAACUGUAAACUUGCUAAGCUAAAUGUUACCUGCAUUGAUUCAACAACUGAAGGUUCUAAAUAUUUAAGUGAUGCUCUGAAAGGUGACAACUGUAAACUUGCUAAGCUAAAUGUUACCCGCAACGGUUUAACAACUGAAGGUUAUAUAUUUAAGCGAUGCUCUGAAGAGUACUAGUGACAAUUGUUAACUGAUUUACUAUAAUGUAGGGUUCUAAUAGCUGCAGUCUGAAAACGCGUAAAAUGUUGUCAUAUGUUUUUUAAUUGUUAAGCUGCAUGUAUAUUGUAGGCAUUAAAUCAAUAUUUUUCUGGAUGACACGUUGAGUAUUUUAAUCUCGAAGUUUUUAUUGUCUUCUCUUCCAUAUCUCGAAGGCAAAAC